AACACGUUUGGAGGCGUGUGUUCUUCAUUGACCUCUGUACUCACUUCUUUUUCAUCAUCAAUUAUCACAUUUUUUUAAAUUCAUGUAGAAGAAGAAGCAGCAGGUGUGUUCAAUUUAGGUCUACCAACUGGUGGUUAAGCUUCACAAUCUCCACUUUUCAAGCAAUGUUCUUCAUCUAGUAUGCUUUCUUACUAAACAAACCCCCAAUUUAACCAAACCCCAUUUCAAUUUCACGUAUUUUUUCACAAUUUCUCAUUCAAAUCAUUCACAAUCUUCAGUUUUAUCCGCUUGUAAGAAUCAUGGGGCUGGUUGUUUAUUUUAUUUUUCUGUCUUUUUGAUGCACACCAAGUGUUUGAUGAAAUGCCAUUAUGAAAAUUUUCAGAUUUUUUUUUUCACAAAUUCUCAUUCAAAUCAUUCACAAUCUUCAGUUUUAUCCGCUUGUAAGAAUCAUGGGGCUUGUUGUUUAUUUUAUUUUUCUAUUUUUUUGAUGCACACCAAGUGUUUGAUGAAAUGCCAUUAUGAAAAUUUUCAGAUUUUUUUUCACAAAUUCUCAUUCAAAUCAUUCACAAUCUUCAGUUUUAUCCGCUUGUAAGAAUCAUGGGGCUGGUUGUUUAUUUUAUUUUUCUAUUUUUUUGAUGCACACCAAGUGUUUGAUGAAAUGCCCAUUAUGAAAUGCCAUUAUGAAAAUAUUCAGAUUUUUUUUUUCACAAAUUCUCAUUCAAAUCAUUCACAAUCUUCAGUUUUAUCCGCUUGUAAGAAUCACGGGGCUGGUUGUUUAUUUUAUUUUUCUAUUUUUUUGAUGCACACCAAGUGUUUGAUGAAAUGCCCGUUAUGAAAAUUUUCAGAUUUUUUAUAUAUAUUUUUGCUGAUAAAGUAUUAAAGUUUACAUAACAGAUCAUUAAUCAUGGCAUGUGUUUUCAGUUACAACAUUCAGUUAGGUUUGAUUAAUAACUUGUUUGUUUAGAAUAGCUAAAACCUAAAUCAAGAAACUGUGUUCUGUUUUUUUAUAUUUUCUUUUGGUGUGUUUCUCUCUUUAUUACUUUGUCUAUUGUUUGUUGAAUUAGGUGUUAUGUCAGCUUCUUUAAGGACCUUUAGCCGGCCUUUAUAUCUUAUAGUUGCUGGCUUUUAAGAACUAAGAUGGCUACUUAUCAUCCGACUUCAAGCGGUAAACAUCAAAGAGACGUGUUUCCGAAUUCCUAUAUUUCGAGUGAUUCGUAUCAAGAACAACCUUGUCCUCCGGGUGAUAUCAUGUACCAAAACCAAUCGUCGAGUGACACCUCGUUUCUGGAGCUUUUAUCCGGUAGUUUGCAGCCAAGUAUGCAACCAAAUACUCGAAUCCUUUCGCGAGUUGACGGUUGUAACAGUUUAGACGAUGAACGGAAUUUGAAUUAUCGAGAAUUGUCGCUCAGUUUAGGAAUGCAGUUACCGUCUUCUUCCAUGGAUUUGCCUGCUUUUCAAUACAAUUACUUGAAUUCGAAUCUUCCGAAUUCAAGUGAAAACAGCCCUCACACCAAUAAAGUAGAAAACAGUCAAAACACCGAGUAUUUAUCGUUCAAUUCGGUUGGUGCUCUAAAAAACGAGGCUGUAAACAGUGAUCGAUACUUGAUUUCAGAUGCAUAUGACGGUUCGUACGGGGUUGUGGGUAGAAUCAUGGACCCUAAAUAUCUCAAACCGUCACAAGAAUUACUCGAGGAAGUAGCUAAUCUUCGUGAAGCGCUGAGUCAGUUCAAGAGAAAUAAGCAUAACAAUCUACAUAAGCUCGGUGUUGAUGAAAAAGAUUCCAAAUUUACCCCUCGUGAAUCUACUACUAGCUCUUCCGGUGAACUUUCGGCUUCUGAGAAACAAGAUCUACAGAACAAAGUCACGAAAUUGUUUUCGUUGUCAGAUGUGGUAGACAGAAAAUACAGAGAAUAUUAUCAACAACUGCGAAUCGUUGAAGCGGCGUUAGAUGUGGUUUCCGGAAGCGGAGCUGCACGUCCGUACACCGCACUUGCACAUCAAACAAUUUCCCACCAUUUUCGGUGCUUAAGGGAUGCAAUUAACGGUCAAAUUCAGUUGGCCCGUGAAAGUUUAGGAGAACAAGAUGAUUCAUCAGAUCGAGUUUUACCACGUUUAAAGAACGUUGAAAAACAACUCCGACAACAAAGAAAUCUUCAUCAUCUUGUUGGGAACAGCCAUUCAUGGAGGCCGCAAAGAGGCUUGCCAGAAGGCUCGGUUUCCGUUCUUCGUGCUUGGCUUUUUGAACACUUUCUUAACCCUUACCCGAAAGAUUCAGAGAAACGUAUGCUAGCGAAACAAACGGGUCUCACCCGAAGCCAGAUCGCAAAUUGGUUCAUCAACGCACGGGUGCGACUUUGGAAACCGAUGAUCGAAGAUAUCUAUAAAGAAGAAUUUGGUGAUGCGGAAGGAAAUUGUAUAUCAUUACAAGAACAUGCAUAUAAAUCUCUAAACGAUAACUCAUCGUCUUCAGAAGAUAAAGAAUUGCCAAUAAUUGGCGAACCCAGCAAGUCAAAUCCCGACCUUUUCGACCAGAUGGAGUUAUCAUCCGAUUUUUUGGUAUGACAAAAAUGAUGAAAUUUAGUGUACACAACACACACAUGAUGAUCAUGGUUUGUAUUUGUGAAGAAGCAUUGUAAAUAGGGAUGUGGAUAUAGGUGGUGUUUUGUUUAGAACUUAUAGUAAAGAAUUAGAGUAAACUGCUAUUUUGGUCC